CCAAAGGAUACUACAGUCACCAUGGUUACACAAACAAAGUCUUGUGUAGCAUCCCUUCUGCUGGUAUCAAUACUUCUUCACAUAGGAGAUUUUUAUCCCAACAACGAGGUGUCAUCCAAAGGCCGUGAUGAGUGUAAACUGACAGAGCACCCCAGCUUGUCCAUGCCUGGGGCUCCAAUCUAUCAGUGUAAAGGGGGCUGCUACUCAAUAGCGUAUCCUACUCCUUUGAGAUCCAAGGGAACAAUGUUGGUGCAAAAAAACAUCACCUCUGAGGCAUCAUGCUGUGUGGCCCGAGAAUUUAAAUCGGUGACAGGUUUGUAUAAUCUGAAGCUGCUGAACCACACAGACUGCCACUGCAGUACAUGCCGCCAUCACAAGGCUUAGAGAAUGUGCAUGAGAAUGAUUGUCCCCGUGCAACCAAAUAACACCUUAAAUGCUCCAUUUCAAGUUCAAGUAGUUUUAUUGUAAUGUACUCAUAACAUUAAGUAUAAGUAAUGAAAUUAUUAUGCUCA